GGUUUAGUUGUUGGCAUUAUUUUGAGACCUUUCAGCUUUGAAGGACAGAGACGCCAAGCGGAGGUGAAUCAUUUGGUGGGCAAACUUCAAGAGCAUGCAAACUUUUACAUUGUGAUUGACACUGAUGCACUUCUAGAAAAGGAUUUGGUGACUUUGGAUGAAGCUUUAAAGACUUCGAACGACGCGGUUUUAAUGGCCAUAAAUGCCAUAACCAUUCUCAUAGCUGAAAAGAAUCUAAAGCUUCUAGAGGUGGCACAUAAUGAUGCUAAAGAAGUUAAAGUUCAAGAACUUCAAAGGAUUUUUGAGGCCUGCCGUGAAGCGAAAAUUGGAUUUGGAAAUGGUUUUAAUAUCAAGACUUCAGUUCUCAAGGCUGUUUUUGACUGCCCCUUCCUUGGUGUAGGCGUAAAGGAUUCCAGUGGUACAAUCAUCUGCAUUCUUGCAAGCUCAGGUGUCAUCAGUAACAAUGAUGCUGGUGCCAUUUUCCAAAGUGUUCGUCUAACUACAGAGUGCAAGGGGGAAAUUAUAAUGUCUAUAGUCCAUGACUCCAAACUUGAGUCCAAUUUAAUUAGAACUACAAUAAUAGCAUUUGGUUGUACUGGACAUCAAUCCACUAAGAAGAUGGGAUUUUUAUCAAGACUGGCCCAACAGUUUCCUUUCAUCUUCAAUAUCUUGAAGAACCAAUCACCAGAACCUCAGAGAACCACUGAAGUCUAUUUAUCCGAGCCUCAGCAUUUUUCUGGAGUGACAUUUUCUCAAGAACAUGAUUAUAUGCUAGAUAAAGGUUCCCUUGAUGAUACUUCUGAUGCUUCAUGUGGCUACAGAAGAGAAGUUGAACCAUCGUUUAAUAGUAGUGAUAGAGAUUCAUCUUCUUUAAGGAACUACAAUCUCUCUCAUGAACAAGUUGGUGUUGAAUUUGCUGAUUCUGACUCAUUUUCUCUUGCAAACAUGCCAGAUGCUGAAGGAGCGCCUACUUUUAGGGAGGAGCUGCUUAUUAGAUACCGCCUGGGGGCAGAUGAUCAGAAGACACAAGAGUGGACCCAAGAGUUGGCUGGAGAUACAGAAACCACUCUAACAGUUGAUAGUGUCAGCGUCUUCAGACUUCCUGUUGGUGUUAAACAUUUGGAACAGGCAGAAGAAUAUCCAGCACACACUAAGCAUCUGAAAAGAUGGACAAGGGAGGACAGCAGGAAAGCUCAGGUUGAUACUGCUACAAGUGUGUCUCGGGAUGCGAUGGGUGACAGGGGCUUCGAAGCUACAAUAAACUUCAAUAAUUUCUCAAAAACUAGAAAAGGAAAUUCGACCAAUGAUUCCAAUAAGCCAGGAGUUCUUUCCAAUCGGGCAGCAUCAAUGCUGGAAGCAGAACGAGAUUUACCAAACAAGAAGUGGAAUCCUGUACUGCAAAUGAAAUAUAGAGGAGGAAUAUACCAUGGCCGCAUCCAAGGAGGACUUCCAGAAGGAAAGGGCCGUCUUUCUCUUGGAGAUGGAAGCAUAUAUGAAGGCAUGUGGCGUUAUGGUAAGAGAUCUGGUCCAGGUACAUUCUACUUCAAAAAUGGUGACAUUUACCAAGGAUCAUGGAGGGAUGAUGUCAUGCAUGGAAAGGGUUGGUUCUAUUUCCACACCGGGGACCGAUGGUUUGUAAAUUUCUGGAAGGGUAAGGCAAAUGGGGAAGGGCGAUUCUACUCAAAGCUCGGUGAUGUGUUCUUUGGUCACUUCAAAGACGGAUGGCGACAUGGCCACUUUCUUUGUAUUGGCAUAGAUGGAACAAGAUCUCGUGAGGUUUGGGAACAAGGUGUUCUUGGAAGCCGUGAGCAGUUGGAUUCUGAUGCUGAUGUUGCUUAAGCUCUUUAGAGAUGUAAUUCAAGUUUGUAUUAUUCAGCCAAAGGUUUUUCUCUUUGACUCUCCUGAAAGCUCAAUAUGGUAAAACAAUAGAGGAUGCCGGACCAGCCUUUCAGUUAGAGCAAAUACUGGGACCAGCUGCCUUGUAAAUGUUGCACAGAUCUUGUUUAGUUUCUUAGCCUGUCUUGCCAACAUGUAUAGGUGUCCCAUUCAAUUGUCAACCAUUUGUAUAUAUAUAUAUACCUCUGACAGUAUGCAAAAGGAAAAUUUAGCGUUUCAUGGGGAUGCAUUUUUAACGUAUGUUGUGAUGAUUUCAACCUAGAGAGAACAUUGGUGCACUCGUGCAGAUUUUGAAGUUGGGUCAUUGUUGCAGAUAGUACCUUGCUUCAGCUCUGCUUCCUUUAUUUUGUUGGAAAUCUAUUGUUGCAUUCUUAGAUGAAGGAUUAUCAAUUAGGGCUCCCUAGGAUUAGGAAUUUUUGCAUUUGCUUCAAGGUCCACUACCGUAUUAAUUUCCCCAGGUUUCUCGUCA